AAAUCUUCUUUUUUUCGAUUCCUUUUCCCGAAGCAACUUAAUUCCACAUUUUGUUUGGCGCUGAUAAGUGGUAGCGCGCACAAUGAAACUAGUUGCAUAUGAAUGUACUUCGCUCAGCUGUUUUCCACUUGGUCUUUCACGAUUGAAUGAAGAAAGAAUUCUCAUUUUACUCAACUAGAGCUUCUGAAAAUGUGUUUUUUAUACUAACUGAGUGUUAAUUAAUAUACAUUGUUUCUGAAGAUAUUUGUACAUACUGGCUCAUAUAAUGGGUAAAAGUUAUUGAAAACUAUUUCAAGAUAUAGAUUUCAAAAAUCCAUGGGAAGAUUUUAUUUUCGACCAGACAGUCGAUAAUAUUAGUCAGUUUGUGUAAUAAUUAUAUGCUUGAUUUGUAGAUGAAUCCUCUGACUGUUUUAACAAUAUAAAGCUUAGCAGUAAGUUUAUUUUGCAGAGAAAACACUCCUAUACAGACUUUCCUUUUCUCAAAAGUCAGUUUUCCUCUAUUGACUAUCUCAUAAAGUGUGAAUUAUGCAAUGUUAUGCUUCUUCCAGAGAGCAUUUCUUUGCAUUAUGGUUUGUUCAUUUUAUUUAAAUUGUAUGAUAAUUUUUAUUACUAGACGAUCGGCACUCAGAACCCCCAAAGUCUGUCGGUUCUGCUGUCUUGCCAUACGAAGCUGUUUCUUGGUGUGAAUGUCAGGCUGAAAUUGAUUCCAAAAAGGAUCGGACUUCCAAACGUACUAAGGUCGCGCCUCUCAAGCGUUCUAAACGCAACACACCUAACCCCUCAGAUGCCUUGCCUUAUUCAGUUAAAAUGGACAUAUCGAAAACAGUUAUUACAAGUCGAGAAGUAGAAAAGACCAGUCAUGAGGAACUUAGAGAACCAGUUUUGUUGAAAUUAGCAAAAUCAGAUGGAAGAAUAUCUCAAAGUGAGGAAGUGUCCAAAAAGCCUUUAAGGACACCUGCAGAAAGUAAACUCAAUGAGCGAUCUGUGUGGUCGGUUGUUUGUCCAAGAGAGCAUUCUGCUGGUAAUUUUUAUGAACUCACCUCCAAAGGUCAGGUUGAGGAAAGUCGACACCUGGGGAAAGAUAUGUUUGAGUGCCGAUCAAGUUUUAAUCAUUCUAAUGAUUCUGGCAUCGGAUCUCAAGCACAUUCAGUUUUUCGCUGUUCAUCAUAUCCCCCGACACCUUCAUUGUCUCCACAUCUUCCAAGUUCUAGUCCAUCAAAUGUUUCUGAUGACACGACAUUUGGUUUCAACCAGUUCCGGCCUGAAGUUGCAAACCGACCUGUUUCAUGCUCAUCCCACUCUAGUUCUAGCAGUGGAAUCGGUAUUUCUGAUCAGCACAAUACUGAUUCUAGCAUUAAUAUUCCAACAACAAUUUUCAAUGUAAAUAGUACAAAAGCAGUCACUUCACUUCCUUUAUCAGACAUAAAGUCAACUGCCAAGUGCAAAGUUAAGUGCAAGCUCUCGACGGUUUGCCUUCGGAACAACGUCCCUCUAUCUUCCACUUCCUCUCAACCGAUGAUCUCGGGUGAGGCAUUGACUAAAGUGCAUUCCAGUAGGGAAGUAGAGUCAACUGUAUAUCAUCUUAAAAACAAUCGUCAAGAAUUCGAUGGUAAAUUAAUUAGUAGUGAGUUGAGGCGGAAUGGUUUCCAUAGCUGGAUUACUGGUGAACGACCGACGUCAUCAGAUGCCACACACAAAGCCGAUAAUGUUAGACGUUUAUUGGCAUUUCAGCGGCUAUCAACCCCAAGAAAUCAAACAAUUCUAUUGCAACAAGCCCCUAGACAGAUAAAGAGUGUGCAUUUAGCACCUUCGUUCAUCUCACAAUAUUAUCAAACAGAAAACUUGGAAGGGAAUGAAGCUUCUACUUCGAGUGACACUAAUCGAUUUGUCCAACCAAAUAUUUUAAUACAACCAGAAAAGUCCUCAAAACUAGACGUGGUGAAUGAUAGUUCAUCUCGGAUUAACUGGCCUCCAGAAUCUAUAAUUUCUGGUCCCUCUAGCAAUAUGGCUAGGAGUACUGGCGAAUUGCAAGAAUUCUUGGAAGAGCUAGAGGAUACAUUUGAUCCUCUUACUCAGUGUGGCUGCUUGGAAAUGGAUGAUAUCAGGUGUAGAAAUUCUAUUUUAUGUACGGUACAUACAAUUGAGGAGAAACGUAGGGUCCCCCGCCAACAUGAUUUACGUUAUCUUAUGCGAGAAGCAAGGAAAAAACAACAAAUCUUAAGACAUGUACCAAACACUCCCUGUCAACAAUUUCCAUGGACUGUACAAACCUCUGGUUCGCCUAAUGCAGUCAUUGACCUCACUGAUGAUGUUAGUAGUAAUGAAAGUUUCUGUGAAACUCCAGGAGUGUUAUCUUAUCAAACACCUCGAGUUCCAAAUCAUUCACAGCUAUUGCGUCAUAAUACAACGCUUUCUGCAUAUGAUACACAAGGUCGGUGUCAAAUAUAUCCCAACUCACUUAACUCAAAUGGUCCUAUAGAUUUGAGAUAUGUAUCAAACAAACUGACGGCUAGAUUACAUCAACGAAAUAAAACAGUUGUCAUCGCCCAGCCAUGUGCUAUUGAUAUCAGACCACAAACAGAAUCUUUUUUGUCUUACUCACCUCAAAUCGCAUCUAUCAACUCCACUCUUGAUAUGCAUCACUUUCAAUUUAAUCCAAUGGGAUCAGGAACAACACAAACGGGAGAAUAUUUUAGUGAAUCCAACACACCCAAUAUAGUUAUGUAUCCUAAUCGUAAACAAACAUCUGGUUAUUCAUCAACCUCUUAUUCGAAUGCCAGAUUGAUAAAUGAACCUCCGUAUGCUGCUCAAAGUCAUUGUCUGUCUACCUGUCAACCUGCACAACCUUGGGCUAAUCGACUGAGCCGUUAUCCCAUUGAAGGUUCUGCCGAUACAACCAUCAAUUUGGAUAAUCUUAUCACUAGUGAAGAUUUAUGCUCAGAAGAACAUUUUGAUGAUCCUUCCCAUGAAAUAAAUUUACCUCGAAAAGUACAUGUUCCGUUUGUUGAAGAAACACCCCCUAAUUUUGGUUCUAUUACUACUUCUACAACAACAACUACUACUCUGUUCCCACACUUGUCAUUAAACACUCGCAAAUUACAAGAAAGUCAGAGUCGAGUUGUUGUCAAUGAUAUGCGUGAAAAAUCCAUUACUGGAAGAAGUAGGAAAACAGCUCGAACAUCAUUUCGAUCUUCAGGUUCUACUAAUGUUCAAGGUCCUACUCUCACUAGUUUGUUACAUCUACGUUAUCAACACCAACAGCCGAAUCAACAACAAGGUCAAUUUCAGUCGAUCUCUGGACUUUUAGGCGGAGGUAAAGUUAAUCCUAGUGAACAUGUAUCAUCAAGACCCACGGUUAUUAGUAAAACUAAGCCUGUGACUUCUGCAACAGAUGUUUUCAAUUGUAAAAUAUCAUCGUCAUCAUCUACGGUUUUUGAAUCACAAGAAAAAGCGGAUAUUUUGAAUUCUGUAAAUCCCCAACUAGUCUAUUCCCCAUCUUUGAUAACACCAAACAUACCAUGCACGUAUGUUGGAUUGUCGUCGAAUUACCCUACUUCAUCAACUACUUUCAGCUCAAGACUUCCUAAUCAGGUGUUAGAUUAUUGUGUUGAUAACUCGUUAGAUACAUUUUAUGUCCCUAAUUCUUUACAGACUUGUCCAAAUACAGUACCCUCAUCCAUUUCAUCAUAUUCUUUACAUUCCAAUUCUAGACUUAAUAAUUAUGUUAUACAACGUAAUGUACAAUUAAACCAACCACAGGCUAGAACUUUGUUUGCAAAUUCAAUUAGUUCUCAAACGAAUGAAACUAGUCCCAAUUUAAUACUAUCUUCUUCCUCAUCCUCUUCUCUGUCAACGGCUACUUUAUCGAGUAAUCGUUAUUUUGUCAUUCGACCAAGUGCAAUCACACAAACACCUAAUUUAGUGGUUUGUGCUAAACGCAGGGAUACUUAUUCCACAUCUAAUAUAAAUAGAUCUUCUGAAGAUGUAUGAUAUUAUUAUUCCUAUUUAUUAAUUUGCCGUUUUUGUAUUUCCUCAAAGUAUUUCCCUUCAGUAUUCCAUGUAUUCCUCUUUACUCAAAGUGUUCUUUAUAUCCACCCUCUCUCUUGUUCUCCCCUCUUGACAUUACAAAAGCAAGUCUUUUGUUGGUAUGUAGUUAAAAUUCAUUUUUCCCGUAAUUUUGCUUUUUCUUGUGUGUAAGUUAUGUUCAGCAAAGAUACUACUUUUACUGAUAUUACUGUCGACACUAAUAAAACUAUUAUUCGUAUUAGUAACAACUUUCGGUUAAUCAUAUCAUUAUCAAAUCAUGUUUUUUUCUUAGUGAAUUAAUUUUGUACAAACAGAAAAAACUUUUAGUUGUUUUCUCUCCUGUUCUGUGUUUUCUUUUUCAUGCGAACGACCAAUCAGUAAAUAAGCUGACUAAUAUAAUGCUUUUUACUGGGAAGAGAUAAAGAGUUUGCUGACUAAGGUAUGUAUGAAUAAUCCAUUGUCCAGCGAUCUCCACUUUUCUCUUUGUCCUUCAUUUUAACUUCUCUCAAAUGUCUUUUUGGGAUAAUAUUUCAUGUAAAGACCAUUUUGUAUUCAAUCUGAGAUCGAAGCCGUGUUCAUAAAGAUGUCCAGUGUGUUAUUUAUGUUGUGUUUAAAUGUGAUGUACAAAUAGAUGGUAUUCUUGUUGUGGUGGAUUAUUCCAAUAACCAUGGUUGUCGCACAAAUUGUUUAAGAAACUAAUUCUCACUGAAAAAUAUUUGAUCACUAUACGGGUCAUUUUUUGUUAAGGUCAAAUCCAAUUACAAGUGUUCAGAGAAAGUGACACCGGUAAAGCUGGCAUUUCAUCAAUGUAUAGAAAAACAUUAAUCUCAUAUACUGUAAUGUUUCAUACUAUUUAUUUAAGGCUUCAGACUGUAGUAUUCGACUGUAAGGUUCUUGUUUCAGUUUUAAUAUACACUCAAACUAACGUUGUUUAAAGAAUAUGGCGUCAUGAAUGUCAUCUGUUUGUAUUAUUUUUAAAGCUAUCUUACAAUACCUUCGUCAUGUACCAAUGUAACAUGACUAAAGCAAAUGUCCAAAGUGGUCGUUUGCUUACCUCUCUGCUCUCGGUUUGUAAUCUAUGUGGAGUUUCUAUGCCACUCAGAGUUCUUAGUAUUUGUUUUUGUUGAGG